CAUAAAAAAUGUCAUAAUUUUAGUUUAUAAGCGACUCCGUUGAAAUUAAACAAAAUAAUUAAAAGCAAAUUAAAGUAUUUCAUAUAUAGGGUAACAAAUUUUAUGACAAGUUAAUAAAAAGUGAAUAAAGAAUGUAAAUAGUUGUGUUAAUAUAUUUUUCUAAGUGUUGGUUCAAUUUCACCAAUUCUAUGGCUGUAAGAAAUCUGCGUCUUGGGGUGUAAGAUGUUUAUAAUUUAAAAGCAAUUUGCGUAUAUUGUUUUUGUCAAUUUGAGUAUUUCGCUUAAAGUCCAGAAGUCUGAAGUGUAAGUUUUGCGGUUAACGCUUGUCGUUAUUUGCAGUAGCAGCAUACUUUACACAUAAAUAAAACAAACACGCAUUUUGUUAUCAAAACUGGACAACGUAGAGAUAAAGCAAAACUGCACGAAACAUAACAGUCUCCAAUCGAGGACCAUUAUUUAUUGUCAGCAACGAUAUACUAAUGAACUUUUUUCGAGAUAAUAACACCAACUAUAUGGGAUACACAUUCCAACAAUGUUGAUGGGAAAUAUUUUACUUAUAACAAAGAUAAUCAAAAAUCAUGAUAACUACAGUAAUCUGAAAAAUAUUGUGCCAAACUUCGUACAUAAAUAGCGUCAUAUCACUUGCAUCUAAGUUAAACUAUCCAACCUGAGCUGCUGCUAUAUAUCAAUAAAAAAAAAUUGAUAGCAAAGCAAACGUAUAACAGAGUAUUAGAUACAUAAUAGGCGUAAUGGAGUGAAUGCUUAAUAACGAGCAAACAUAUUAAUUCAUCAGAAAGCGGAUAAGUUCAUAUAUACAUAUAAAUAACACAACAAGUACAACUUUUUCAACUACCACUGUGGAGGGAUCAAAGGAAAUUGGACGUAGAAAUACGCGAAUUUUACGUAAAUUAUACCAAAAACUUGCGGCAAUGCGAACAAAACAUUUCAUUUUAAUACUUAGCUGUGUUAUCAUUACGACUAUAUUUUUCAUAAUUCUUGGUCCGGCAGGUGAACCAAACGAUUCCUUAAAAAGUAUUGUUACACAUACACAUCAGCAAUUAAACAAAUUGCAAGAAAAUCUUCGUGUUACUGAGCAAAAGAAACUUGAAAUAGAUGCCAAAUAUUUGAAUUUGCUAGGUUUCACCGAUUCGAUUUACGCAAAGGAGUUCCAAGCUUACAAUCGUUAUGAAAUUGGUAAUGGUUUCAAAUCAGAAGGAGAUAGUCAUAUUGUUGAAGUAUCUCAGCUACCAGUAAUACAACAGUCUUCACCAAAGCUACAACAAAACAAUGGCUAUUCAAGUAAUGAUAAGACAUUUCAGCAUAGCAGCAAGACACGUCUAGCUACAAUACCUUACAAUGGUACGAAAGCAAAUUUUUCCAUUGUAACAUACGUACAAGAUGGUGAGGCGCCAUCGGUAAUAUUACUCGCACAAAAUAUAGCUGCAAAAUUUCCCGAUGAACAUUUACUCGUGUAUGACCUUGGCUUAUCAGAGGAUGAUUCACGCAGCUUGACAGCUUAUUGUAACAUCACUAAAUGUACAGUCAUAAGCUAUGACUUGUCAGUAUUUCCAUCACAUGCUUUUGAUCAUCGCAUGCACGCCUUUCGCCCGAUUGUGAUAAAAGACGCUUUAACGCGUUCGAAAAGUAUUCUAUUUGCCGAAAAUUACAUACGCUUUCGUGGUGGUAACCAUGAUCUACAAAAACUACGAAAUAGAGUCUUAAGGGCGGGAGUUCUGGGUUGGAAUACACCAACUGCCGUAUCGACACGCACACAUCCAAAAAUGUUCGAUUACUUUCAAACCGACGCUGAUGAUUUCAAUUUUCUGCGAAUGGUCGAUCUCGACGUAGCUUUAUUCUUGGACAGUCCCUACGUAGAGAAGAAUAUAAUGCUGCCCUGGUUGAAGUGUGCAUUAACAGUGGAGUGUAUUGAUCCGAUUGGUGCGCAAUGGAAUGGCUGCAAAUACAAUAAGAAGCCACUUUAUCGUUACUCUGGUUGUCAUGCCUAUGAUGUAUCAGCUUUCAACAUAGUGCUGGGCUUAACAUGGCCUUUAGAUGACUCCAAAUACUCAAUGCCCAGUGAGGGAAAUACUAUUUUUUACAAAGAGACAUUAGAAAAAGCUACUAGAAUACUAGAAAAUAGACGACUUAACAGCAGUGAUACAUCGGAGCAUCCCAUAACGGAGGAUUAGUUUCUAAAUGAUAAAUGAUUAGAUUUUCGGUAAACAUUGUUGUUUGUUUUCUUCUUUUAAGUGCUAAACCAAAAUAUUAGCUUUUCUGUUUAAUUAUUUAAAUACGUAGUAGUAUAAGUUUUAGUAUAUACAAAUAUGUAUGCUUAAGAAAUAACAAAUUUCUUUCAAAUUGUAGCAAAACCAAAAAACACAUAUAAUAUGUCACGAGCCAUACGAGUAAAAAUAAAUAUUGCAUAAGCGCUUUAAA